UUGUAUGACACAACACCGCCCUCAAGUGGCUGGUAACAAAAUAUAACUAUUCUGUUCUGGUUGAGAAUCAGAACGCCUUCCGACAGGGACAAAAUAUGUCUCGCACGUAACGGUUUGAAUUAGCUGUUCAAGUUCUGGAACAACUGCUAUAUGAUUCCCGUCGUGUUCUCGGCCAACAACGGGGAAAUAUGCCACAGAAAACACUGGGAUCCAUUGUAGGUCUGCUUUGCACCGGGACCUGGUUGGUACAGGGAAAGGAGUUCUGUUUUGGAGUGAACAAUGAGCAAUACCGGUGUGAGAUGGGCUACUGCUGCGGGGAGACCGAGUGCUGCACUUACUACUAUGAGCUGUGGUGGUUCUGGCUGGUGUGGACCCUCAUCAUAAUGCUGAGUUGCUGCUGUGCCUACCGUCACCGUCGGGUCAAGAUGCGGCUGCAGCAGGAACAGCGCCAGCGCGAAAUCAGCCUUAUGGCCUACCAGGGCGCUUCCAGCUCUUUCAUCUCCCCUCCACCCCUCAACUUGAGGUUCUGGACAGACUGCAAGCUUCCUGACUAUGAAGAGGUGGUGGGUCAUCCCCCGACUCCCCCUCCACCUUACUCCGAGAUCCCCCCAGGGACCACCCCUGCCAUCCUACUGCCCCCCAUCCAAUCAGAAGCUGCCGUGGUGCUGGAGCCCCCAAUAGAGGACAUUCCAAGAGAGGAGCAGGCCUCUAGUUCCUCAGCAGACCAGGAAUCUGCGUCUGCGCCCAGCCAAUCAGAACGACCGCUGGAGGAGGAGCUGAUGACCCGGCGCAGGCAUGUGACGGGCGACUCGGGGAUCGAGGUGUGUGUGUGCCAACUGGACGAGGGCUCUGGGCCGGAGGAGGACGAGGAGCGGGUGUGUCAGGGGGCCAGGGGGGACUGCUGCUCUGCCUCUGAGCACCACCACAACAUCAGACACAAAGAGAGAACCCCUGAGCCUCAGCCCAAGGGCCAGACCGCCAGCACCGGAGACCGCCUGGUCUGAGCUCCACCACCAACCACCCAGAGGCUGCUGCUCCUGCCGGAUCUUCGCUUUAGGGAAGGAGACCCAGGAGUGCCCUUGUCAUUGUCAUCAUAACAAUAAUUCAGACACCACCAGCAAAUGAAAUGCCCCACAACGACUCACCAAAUUAACCAGGUUGUCCUGCUGUUUGACAUGCUUGUCAGUUAUGAUCCAUAAAAUGACGCCAAUGAUGACAAAAAGAAAAUGUUAUUUGAGAAAGAUGUUUCAUGUGGCUGAUGGUUUAAUUCUUUAAUACCCAUGGAUGGUCCCUCGUCUGCUUUGUUUAGUUCUUGCCAUGGGGAUGAUGAGAAAAUGCCAACUUCUAGAGAGAUCUACCAAGUGGUAAGAAGAGGUACUGACGCUGUCACAGAAUUGACUACAUCUACCCACCCACCCCUGUCCCUCAUUCUCCCACCCCACUGUCUGGCCUGGACAUUUCCUCUGGUCCUUCUAACAUUUCACCUCCGUGGGGACAGGGCAGGAUGGCAUACCACCACGGUCACCAAUCCCCAGACCCCUAGGCUCCAGCACAUAGGGGCCAAAACAUAAGAUAAUGCUACCAGACAGUCCUGAUCAGGGGAUACAAACUGUGACGGAUAGAACUCGUUUUGUUUUUGCAGGGGUUUGUGUGUGUACUGUGUAAUCUAGGGCACAGCUGCAAAGUGAUGUCACCCCUGAGGUCAUCUUAGCCUACAUCUGGUUUACUUGUGGAGCGACAGCAGGGCUAUUUGCAUCCAGAGAAGAGGUUGGGAAGGGGAAGUGAAGAUGUGCCUGUCUCUUAUAGCCUCUCUCUCUGGACUGUCCCAAUAGCAUCAGACUCCCCUCUACCCGUCCCUCAUGUCUCCACCAGUACUCUGGUCAACACUUGGCCAGACUGAAAGGUAUUGAAUGGACUGGAACGGACGUUUUGAUGUGUGAUCUCUGGUCUGAGGGGCCAAGUGAACUGAAGACGUGACAUUAUCCCAUCGCUGUGCCUGUAACUUGGUGUCUAUAAAAAGCCUUGUGGUGGUCGACCGUGUGUGUGUGUGUGUGUGUCCCAGACCGGUGGUGAUAUAACGUGGUGUGUGUGUGUGGAGGGGUCAGCAGCAUUUUGAAGGACUGACAGUCUCUCACUGAGUGGUAAGGGGUAUGUUGUUGGGAAUAAAAGUACAAACCAGAGGAGGGUGGGAAGACUAACGGUUCAGCAGUGUAGUACUUUGCCCCUCUAUCAUUUUCUUGUCUUAGUGUUACUUCUCUAAAAACCUGCUUUAGCUGAGACCACUAUAACCCACAUGAAUGGCAACACCGCUGUUAUCCAGGGGCUGCUGUGAGUGUGGUCGUAUUUAGCGUAUCCUCAGUUUCCUGGCCCCUGGUGUAAGUUAGUGCACUCAACUCACCAGGCUUUAGACCACUUUUAUUUAAAGAAAUGCACUGGGAUCUUGUAUAGAGGGCAUGAGUAAUUAAUGUAUGUGUCUGCCUGUGUAGCUAGAUGUGUGUUCUGAUUCGUCGUGUCAGUAACGGUGUGUUUUCUGCACGUGUUUCAUAUAGUGGACCACUCCCAGGCAAUUGGCCCCAAGCUGACAAUGACGAGUUGCCGCUGUUUUUACCCAGUAGCAGCCGGAGCCUGAUAGUGGCGCUCCUUUUCCGCCACGAGUCCCCUGGCCGUGUGGGGCUCAGACGGAGUGAACCAAGGUUUAAGUAUAGACACCAUGUAUCUAGUUUCAUCAUUUUAUGACUUUGCACUGGGCCUGCAAUGUGCUGUUGCAUACUCCCUUGGCUUGCAGUGGUGUGAAUCCUGUAGAAGCAAUGCAACAGAUUUGUGUUGGUAUUUUCCAUUCAGUGGGGGUGGCUUUGCUGUGUGUGCAGUGUUAGUGCAGCUGCACACUCUGUUAUGAUAAACCAGUGACGUGCGUUGCUUGCCCAGCAUGUGUCGAAGCUUAGCUGUAGAAUUGGGUGGUGGAGUGAAUGUGAUUUUUACUCUGCAGUUCCACCUAAAAUAAGAAGCACAAAAGUCCAGCUGCUUUGGGUGUGUGUGUUUAAAUGGCAGUGAUGAUAAAUGAUAGUUUUAUUAUUUAGGGUAUUGAUUUGCUUUCAUGCAGCACUUACUGAUCAAGUAGGUUAUGGACUGAUGCACUGUUCAUUAUUUCACUGCUAAUGAAAAAGGAAAUUGACUCGGACAUUAAUUUCAACUAUCAAUCAAUAAGUUGUCUGUCUUCAAGCGUGUGAAGUCUUGACACUCUGUAAAAGUAACGCUUGAAAGUCAGAGGUUAGAGUCAUGCACUCACAGACUCACCCGCUCAUAUUAGCACACUAACAUGUUUUUGAUAAGACACCAUAAGCUGCCUUGGUAGGUUGCUAGGGAACAGACAUGACAUGAGGCUCAAGAUGCACCACAACAGAGGGGUAUCCUACGAAGCAGGUUUGAGGAGUUUGGUGAACUUGGUGAGUUCAACUCGGGAUAACCGGUCAUACGAAAGUGGCUCACAUAGAGAUCCUAGGAUUCGAAUUCCUAAUUCUAUGGUGGCUCAACUUUUAGCCAGGUACAUUUCUAUGGCAAUGAAUCCUUCAGAACUAACCUGCUCCGGGGUAGGUUAACUCACGGCUAACUCCACUAAUCAUGAAUGAAAUGACUGAGCCUUGAGUUGAGGACCAAUGAAAUCAGAUUCCCUCCCUCUUGCAAAGAUUGUGUCAUCACCUUCAUUCGAGGGAGAUGACUGAUUUUUUAAAUGUUAUUCAUGGUGGUAGUACGGAUGAAGCCUGUGCUGUAAUGGGAAGCUGGUUAGCUUUAGAAAACCCUGAGUAGAUCUAGCUUGCUAUCCCUCAGAAGGCAUAUGAACAGGCUCAUUUUAAGUGCUCCUUCUGAGGCAUAGGGAAAUAAAUGCCUUACUGCGGCAUGGUGGUCAAAUGUUGUUAGGGACAGGUAGACUAAAUGUUUUUUGGCUUCUGUGUUUGACGAGUAGGCGAUUAUAUUAAAGACUUGUGCUUUUAAAGAAGGCAAAAAUGUUUGAGACCCCCCAUGUUUGAAGCAUGGCGUGCAUUGUUUUUCCUAAUAGUCCAGAGGAGUCCUUUAUACAAAUGGAGUCCGAAGUGUAAAAGUGUCUCGGAGUCUGACGUAUCAAUCGGCUCAACUUAUUCUAGGAUGUGGUUAUGAGUAGCAGGAAACGUAACAGAGUGAAACCACAAGACAAGAUCCUAUCAUGUUGUAGAAACUGUGGCCUGUAGAAUAGGCAACAUUUAUUUUGUCAGAAAGGUUGUGUAUGACAUUUAAAAUGCCAUUGGCUUUUUUCCCUUGAUAUCUGUGCUUAUGUUGAUCCGUUUUUUUCCGUUUUUUUCCCAUCCCCAUUUUUAUUUAGUGAUCAUUGUAUUUUUAUUUCAAGGAUAUGAUCGAGAUAAGUUUGAUGUUUGAACUGACCUGAAAGGAUGUUGAAUUAGUAAAUCAGAAGGGGGAAAAAAACGAUGUUAAGAAAUCCUUUGUUUAGUUUUUCUUGUGAUCAUAUGAGAUAUGUUUGUUUUUUGAAUGUUUGGGGGGGGGAAACGACAAAUGUAGAUGCUAAAGUGCGUUUAUUUUUAUGCAAAAUAGAUAAAUGAAGAUGAAGAAAUUGAGAGGGUGAUUAAUGUUUUUGAAUAAGAAAAAUGGGGACCCAUAGUUUUUCAGUCCCAUUGCUCACUAAUUACUGGGCAAGAUUAUUGCCAAACAAACUCUUGUUUUGGUUUUCACAUGUUUACCUAGAUAAAGGGCUAUCAGUCAGUCAUGGACGAACAUCCAUCCAUUCAUUCAUCUGCUCUGUCAUUUCCUCUUACCUACAGUUGCAGACACCGGCGAUAUCUGAACAUAAUUCAUUGGACAUCUUUUCUGUAGUACUCGUGUGAAUAAUAGGCAAUUAAAUAUUUUUAAUUUUAGGCAUCUUUUGCCUUUUUUGUUCUUUGUUUGCUUUUGUUUCAAUGGUCACAGAGGCGCGUGAAGCUCUUAUCCCUCGCUCUAUCUCUCUUUCUCAAUCCCCCCACCCAGUCCGCUAUGGCCCCUCACCGUAUACCAGCACAGAGGGCACACAGUAGGAUGAGUGUCAGGUUGGGUAUGUGGUCCCUGAUGAGGUAACUAGCCCCAGGUGUGAUAGUGAUGGGGGCUUUAGCCAUGGCUCAUUGCAUCCCUCUGGACCAUGAGACACCACUUCCCCCCCCGGGGGGCCCGACCAUACCGAGCAUGGUAACAGAAACUACGUGGCAACCCACACCAAUGUUUGUCUUUCUGAGGUGGGGUUUUGCCUCUGCAUAUAUCACCCUUAAGAUAGUGCAGGCACAGUGCACAAUUAUCUUUUGAGAUUGUUUGCCUGUACUCUACCUAAACAAUUACUGUACUCAACCGACACGUCUUGUCUCACACACAUACACUCAUACGGUCCUAUUGUCAUGAAUAGCAAACAUUCUGUUUUUUUUAUGGGCAUCUGUAUUUGGCAUCGAUCAGAAAUCUAGCAUUAGCACCAAUGCCAUCAGUUGUCAGUUCCAGUUUCAUUUACCUUGCUCACUAUGCUAAAGCCCUCUCAUUGGAGAAUACCUGUCUUCCUCCUUUCACCCUAAGUGUUCCCCUCUUAAUUUCUGCUCCACGCGCCUCUGUAAUGUACUGUAACUGACUAGCCUAUGCAAAAAAAAAAACAUAAACCCACUGAUUAUAUGCUGCAAUAACCCUUCUCUGUUUGUCUGUGGUUGCCAGUACAAGCAAUAUUACUCUCAGUACGUCGCACUGUACCUCAGUUUUAGUUUUAUUGCUACUAUGGUGUGUUUCGUGUGUAUGCUUUGAAAGUAAAUGUGUAUAUCUACAUGUUACCUCUUGGUGGGUGGGUAGUGGGUUGGGGAGUAAAGAUAAAAAGCCAUUCUAGUUCAUUUUGUAUUUUGUUUCAUUAGUAACAUGGUGGAUAGAAGUACAGUCUGCUGUCAUUCUAAUCUGCUAAGAAUAUUACUCCUGCUUACUUAUUAUUAUGAGGAUGGAAAAAAUAAGAAUCUGUUAACUUUGGUGUAAGCUAAAGGAGUGUUUUGAAUGCUUUUGUUGGAUUAAUGCUAUUUAAUCUCUCCUCAGACUAAUAUUAUUCUGUUUGUCCUGUGGGUACCUUUGCCACUGUUCCACCCCUUGUGUGUUGUGCUGUCAUGGUGCAUUUGGUGUAUUUGUAAACAGUGACAUGGCUUGUUUUCUGUAUUUGAGGAAUUUUCAGUGACUACUGAACGGUUGCUUUCUCUUCUUGAUUGCCCAACCUUUGAUAUAGAAGAUAGUGAAUGUGACCUGUAUCAAGUAUGGAAGCCAAUCUAAACCCAAUGCUAGAUAACUGAGGGGAGAAAUUGAUCAGGUCUCUUAAAUGAGCUGUUGAAGGGUUGUUUAGGGUACACAUCUGCUAGCCCAGAAGUUUGUUUUAGAUGAUCUCUCACUAAGUGGUGGGUUGCACUUGUAAUUAUACAUCACCAAGGCAACAAUAUACUCGCACCAUAAUCUAAGGAUGCUCUAUUAACCAACAUGUAACCCAGAUGUUUCUUUAAUUUCUCCCUCGAAACCAUAGAUAAUGUCAAGCGGAUGUUGAUGUUGUGGCUGAUUCGUAUGUAGAAAGACUUUUGCCAAAACAAUAAAUACCCACGCUAGAGAAGGAAGCGGUCGUCCACAAGCGCAGACCCUUUCACUUUCUUUUUCCUAUCUAGAUCAAGACCCCAAGAAAGAGAAAAAAAAUGGUGGUACAUUUGAAUGCUUUGGUUUAGUAGGGGGUCUGCUGUGAACUCUUGGGUCAUUUGGAUUUUAUUUUGUAAUAAUAAAACAAACAUUGGCACUGUC